UGUGUAUACACACACUGCAGUCACAUGAAUAUAAGAUAGAUCAUAUUCUCACCGGCUGGAGCUGUCACUGACUUUACAAGCAGAGGAGAGGAGAGCAGAGAAAAUACAAGUAACACAUUUCCUGAACAUUUCUCAUACUUGAAGUAUUAGAAGAAGAUACCUUGUUGGCCUGCAACUGAGAAAAAAAAGUGAAAGAAUAUUUUUAAGGCUUUAAUUCACGUGUGAAUACUGCUGGUUUCCUUAAUGGGAUCAGGAUUACAUGUAUUUACACUGAUUUGAUUAAUAUUUAUGUUUGAAGGGUGUAAUUUUUAAAAACAGGUCCCUGAAGUUCUAUACAGCUUCAACAUAACAAGGAAUACUAGACAGCAUUCUACGAUUACAUCAUAUUUAAAUACCCCAUGUGCUAAUAUUAGCAGUGCCAAAGUCAUGAUUCCUGAUCCAUAGGCGUUCUGGGAUGGAAAGUAGAAUGAUGACAGGGCAGUGGGACUGUUGCUAAACUCUUUUAGAGGUGUAAUUGUAUUUCUGGUUAAAACAGGAUUGACAUGUUUGCUUCUUUUGAGAUACCUGCUGCACAAAACAUGUCUCAGACAGAAGUGGAUUUGGCAUGUUGUGGCAUCCCUUUUCCCUCUGUUUUGCCAGAAGAUCCUGCAGAAUUGUCCUCCUUAGCUGCCUUGAGAAGGCGCAGGCUUUCAGCGAAAGAACCCCGGAGGAACUCCUACCAGUUUAACAGGAGGAGCUCAGCUCAGCUGGAAUUGUUAGGUUAUGAUCCACCAGGGACCUCCUUCCCUUCAUGGUCUCCUGAAGAACCAUCAUCUUUGGAGGAGAAAGUUGUCCAAAUUCAUGAUGUGUCUCCUAAAUCUCCUUGCUGCCUUGCAACUAAUAACCAAACAGACCUUCUUCCAGGUCCAGGUACCUUGGCUAGUAUCGUGGACAUCAGCUCAGAAUCUGAAGGUGAAGCUAGUAGCCCUAAGGAGCCUACAAUCAAUGUCUCUAAACCUACAGUGCCAGAAAACAGGAGGGAACAAGAGGAAAACGAGGAAAAUGAAACCAAUGCUGUUGCCACUUCCCCAGAUGGAAGAUAUUUAAAGUUUAAUAUUGAGAUUGGAAGAGGUUCCUUUAAAACGGUUUAUAAAGGUCUUGAUACAGAGACAACAGUGGAAGUAGCUUGGUGUGAGCUUCAGACCAGGAAACUGACAAAGGCAGAGCGGCAAAGGUUCAGUGAGGAAGUGGAGAUGCUAAAAGGUCUACAGCACCCAAACAUUGUCAGAUUUUAUGAUUCCUGGAAAUCCACUGUCAAGGGUCAGAUCUGCAUAGUCCUGGUCACUGAGUUAAUGACAUCAGGAACGCUAAAAACCUACUUGAAAAGAUUCAAAGAGAUGAAGCUAAAAGUUUUGCAGAGAUGGAGUCGUCAGAUCCUGAAAGGCCUGCAUUUCCUCCACACCCGAAGUCCUCCAAUUAUCCAUCGUGACCUCAAAUGUGACAACAUCUUCAUCACAGGACCCACUGGCUUUGUAAAGAUAGGUGACCUUGGUCUAGCCACUUUAAAAAGUGCCUCAUUUGCAAAGAGUGUCAUAGGGACUCCAGAAUUCAUGGCACCCGAAAUGUAUGAAGAAAAGUAUGAUGAAGCAGUGGAUGUUUAUGCCUUUGGAAUGUGUAUGCUUGAAAUGGCAACGUCUGAAUAUCCUUAUUCUGAAUGCCAAAAUGCAGCUCAAAUAUAUCGUAAAGUGACCUCAGGCAUGAAGCCAGACAGCUUUUAUAAAGUCAAAGUCCCAGAGCUUAAAGAAAUCAUCGAAGGAUGUAUACGCAUGAACAAAAAUGAAAGAUAUACCAUCCAAGACCUCCUUGAACACUCCUUCUUUCAAGAGGACACUGGAGUUCAUGUUGAGCUGGCAGAAGAAGAUGAUGGAGUCAAACCAGCCUUGAAACUGUGGUUGAGGAUGGAUGACACCAAAAAGCUCCAUGGAAAAUAUAAAGACAAUAAUGCCAUUGAAUUUCUGUUUGAGCUAUACAAGGAUAUUGCAGAAGAAGUGGCUCAGGAGAUGGUGGUACUCAACUUUGUAUGUGAAGCUGACUACAAGUUGGUGUCAAAAGCCAUACGUGAUAGAGUGCUAGCAAUAAAGCGGAAAAGAGAAAAGGUGAGGCGGGCUCAGGAGGACUUGAAAAAGAAGGAGGAAGAGAAACAAAAGAAUAUUCUUAAACUUCUCGAGCAGCUUAGAGGUCCACAAAGUUCCAGUACAGUCUUAACCUCUGAUGCUACCUCUGUAGCUACUACACUACCCACAAAUACUGAUUCUAGUGACUUAAUAUCUAGUGGAACUUUCCUACCUGAGCCAGAGGAACCGGAGGCCGACCAACAUCAUCCCUUCAACUUCAGACACACAUGCUACUCCUCUGCAACAUCGGAUUGUGAGACUGAUGGCUAUCUCAGUUCCUCUGGUUUUAUGGAACCUGUAGAUGGUCCACAAAUGCUUUCAAGUGAUAUUUCAUUAGAAGAUCUCAACAGUCCUCCAAGCAACCAGCCUGAGAUGUGUUUUCCUGGGAGCAUAGCUGUACGUGUGGACACAGAGCAUCUACCCUCUCAACGGCUGCCUAGUGAAAUCACUUCUCCAGUAGACAGUUAUGCUUCAGAUGUGGCUUCGGGACUUAGUGAUGGCUGUGAAGGGCUUUCAGCUGGUGAGAAAAGCAUUAGGUCCCCUGUCAGAAAGACAGCUGCAAAACUUCUCCGACGUAAAUCAAGAUCAAGACUUCGUAUUAUCAAUAUUUCAGAUAAAAGUGACCGAGUGGUGGAGUGCCAACUGCAGACAUAUAACAAUAAGAUGGUAACCUUCAAAUUUGAUCUUGAUGGAGAUAACCCAGAGGAUAUUGCUGCCGUUAUGGUAAACAAUGAAUUCAUCAUGCCGUCAGAAAUGGAGAGCUUCACAAACAGGAUUCGGGACAUUAUAUACCGUGUGGAAACACUUUUAAAAAAGGACACCAAUGGGGACAGAGAAGAUGAUGGUGAAACAUUGCCUACGUCAUCUAUGUCUUCUGUUCCACCUAAUCUUCAGGCUGACAUUCAGCUUCAAGAGCUAUCUCGAUCCUUCUCAUCCUCCUCUUUGAGUGAUUUGAUAGGUACAAGUCCUAGCAAAGGAAUGCAUUCCCCUGCGUAUCUUCACCAGAGCAGUCCUGUGCUAGAUAAUGACGUCUUCAGUCCCUCAGGUCCUCUAUGCAUGGAAUCUCACCUACCAGGUUCUCCAUUGGCAGGAAGUAGAACGUGGCCUUCUUUUGAAAACCCUUCCAGUCCAGCUCUGCCUUUCUCAACAAACUAUUCCAUGCCAACUUCUCAAUCCUAUCCACCAGCUGCUUUUAGCUCCUUGCAGGUUGCAAACUACCUCUCAUCACUGCCUCAACACAUGAUGCCUUCAUCUUCAACAGCAAAUUCUAUGUUUCCCAAUGUAAUGGGGAAUGCCGCCUCUCAUCAGAAUACUUUGCAGCACAUGCUAAACAGUGGGAUGGUGCCACAGAAUAUGAACAAUCCAAUGCCAGCUCUAGCAUCCAACACUCAAACAGGAACCCAGUGGUCUACCACAGCCCCAAUGUUUUCCUUGGCUAAUGUCUUAUCUUUGGCAAUGAGUAUGGCACAGACUUUGCUACCAGUGGCAUCUCCUGCCACUUCACAGCCUCAAGGAAUACCACCUGGAGGACCCAUCUUUUCUCAACCAAUGUCUGGACAUAUUCAGCCUCCUCUAAUAUAUCCAACAAGUUUCUCUCAGCCUCAAAGCCCAGUUAAAGAUGGAUAUUCUGCCCAGGGAACCCACUUUUAUCCUGGACCUGCACAUGCAAAUGGGAUGUUUAUUCAGAAUGUGCCAGGUCAAAAUUUUUCUACUAUGGGUGGUGGCUUCUCACAGCCCCUUACUCCGCAAGAACCUGCACCACCCAUUGGAAUGUUUGCUCAGCAAGUGCCACAUAUGAAUAUGCCAGGAUACCAAAUGCAAUUUGCACAGCAGACUGAAGUUCCAACUUCUCCUAGGGUUGCCCAGGACUUCCCAGUGCUACAUCCAGUGCUAGCAAGCAAAGUGUAUACUUCACCCCUUGGAGACCAGAUAACAGAGACAACAGGAUCUGUCGUCGGACAGACCAUGAUCACACCUGUGCAACCCAUAGCUUCACAAUGUGGUUUUCAGUCACCAGUGGUCUCAAUGAAUGCCCAGCUCCUUACUAAUCCUGGCAAAGAAAUCCAACAAAAGGUUGUUGGGAGGUUCCAAGUCACGACCACCAAAGAUUCGACAGAAAGUAGCUCAGGAUGGAAUUCAUGUAAUAGCCAAGAUGUAUCUCUGAACUCCGACACAAAGUCGCAAGAUACCACUCCUGAACUGUAUGAGACUGCAUCCUCUGAUACGGACAUAAGCACAGAUGAGGGAACUGAGGGAAACUUUUCAGAUCCUGAGACAUUUUCACCUAGUAGCAGUGCUAAUAAAGCUAUGUCUAACAAGACAUGUAGCUGCUCAGAGUCUGAGGCUCCGAGUAAUGAAAGGACUGGAACUGAUAAUGACAAUAGAGAAGAAUUAACCCCUGUGAGCAAUGCAUUUGACACUGAUGGCAUUUGCCCAUGUGUACUCAACACUAACCUAGACAGUGACAAUGUAUGCCAUAAUAAUGUCAUGAUCGAGGCCAAUAGGCAGUCCAGCUUUGCUUUGGAUGCAGACGUCAUAAUGGACAAUAAAGAUAUAAUUGCAGUAGAUGAUAGAAAAGACAUGGAUUCUAGUGAUGAAGAUAAAGAAAAGACACCUCAGCAAAUAUCAACCGUUCAAGUCUGGCUUCACUACACAAGAGGUGUCUCUUAUAUCAGUAGUGAUGAUUCAGAAAGUGAAGAUGAAGAAAUAUUUGAGGAACUUCAACAACUUAGGCAAAAACACAUGUCAGAAGUUCAAGUGUUACAGGCACUGCAGAAAAAGGAGAUUGAAGAAUUGUACUAUAGAAUGGGAAAAGUACCUCCUCCAGGUAUUGUGUCUCCAGCAGCAAUGCUUUCCAGUCGACAGAGGCGCCUUUCAAAAGGCAGUUUCAAUCAAUCAAGACGAAACAGCCUGCAGAGGCUAGAUCUUUUAUCAGCAACAGGGAUUAUUAGAAAGAAUUCACUUGGAGGGAGCAGCUCAGGUUCCCAGGAGCAGCGUUCAAACAAAGGGGUCACAUUCUCUGGAGAUGUCACCAGAAUGAUAACAACUGGUGGAUUUCACAAUGAAACUUGUGACCAUGAUGAAAAAGGAAAAGUAAAGCCUCCAAAGAAAGAACAAAAUGUUGAAGAGAAAUACAAACCUACCUCAGCGGACUUGAUUCAUGUGGUACACAUCCAUUAGGAGCCUUAAGGGGAAAUACUGAGGCUUUCUCAUUGUGUAUAUACAGAAAGACAGACUCUCCUUUGAUGGACAUCUUAAAGGAAAUGGUUGUCAGUGCCACAGUUGCCAAUAUAUGACUGUUACCUGGAGAGAUUGUUUGAGCAUUGAAAUCUCAAAACAUAGUUGCCAACUUAUUUCUACUUGCAAUAUGCAAUCAUUGAGUAGUAAUUGUGAUAGAAUGAGAAAAUGUGAUAGUAUUUAGUUGAAACCUAUAUCAAUUUGCCAGCUUUCAUUAAAUAUUGCUGUUUUUUUAGACAGUACGUACUAUGACUAUGCACAAAUGACUAUUAUGCAGAUAACUGCAAAGCUGCCUGCCAAUAUUUUUGCCAUUUGGCUUUUCUAUAUUUUAUAAAAAGCCACUCUUAAAAUGAAUGUAUAUUACUUUAAAAGCUUUAUUGCACGUUUUAGACUGGAUCAAAUAUGUGAAUCUACUUGUUGUAAGCGGAAGACAAAGAAUGUGAAAGAAUACCGGAAUUCAACUUUAUUUAUCUUAACAGUUGGAUUGUUAUGACAUUUACCUUUGCCCAGAAACCUUUAAACUAUUAAACAAUUAAACUAGAAUGAACAUGACAUGAGGAACAAGGCCUGACUGCUACCAAAAAUAACAUGCAUUUUAUAUGUAUUGAAAAUCUCAGCAUUAUAGCAAGUAUGACCUAAAAGUAACAUGAUUACUUCCAUAUGUAGCUGUAGGGACACUGUAGCAUACUAUAUUGUACAUUGAAAUUAUUGCUGAUUAUAUAGGGUAUAACUCUGUACUAUCUGCUAACAAUUUAUCAUUUUGUUUUCUAGCAUAGGCUAUAUUCUGGAAAGCACAGACAUGUAACAUUUUCUAAAGGGGUUAUUCACUAGUAAGAAAAUUGUUGGGAAUUCAAGAUGCAUUAAAAAAGUGAACUAAUUUAACGUAAAAAUAGCCUAACACGAAAAAAUCUCCAAGUCAGCUAUGCUUCCAGACUUGGUUACCUUGAAUUUAAAUUUACUCUGACUGUCUGAGUGAUUCAACCUGCCAAUAUUAUAUAAUAGUGUCCACAAGGCAUUCAGAUGUUAAGAGGUAUUUAACCUGAAUAACACACAGACGGCAAUUACCUAAAUACUUACCUAAUGUACUUUGCAUAUGAACUGGUAAAAUCUCUACAUCAGAUAUGAUUCCAGUUUGGCUACUUUGGCCUUGAAUU